GGAGGAGUUAACAAUAACAAACUAUGAAACCUUGGUGACCGAGUGGUUCAGAAAAUUAAAUUUUCCAAGCUAGCACUAAAGACUAAAGUCAGACAUCAUCAACUGCAUCGAUACAUCAACCAUGGCUGUUAUUGAGAGAAAUCCAGUGCGUUUGGUCCUCCUGGGCAAGACAGGUGUUGGCAAAAGUGCUACAGGAAACACCAUUUUGGGUAAGAAGGCAUUUGUGUCUGCCGUUAGAGCCACAUCUGUUACAAAGGAAUGCACAGCUCAAACAGCAGUGAUCAACCAACAACCUAUUACAGUGAUUGACACACCUGGCUUAUACGACACAUCAAUUCCUAAUGACAGUAUUGUGGAAGAAACUAUAAAAGGCAUGCAGCUGAUCGCGCCUGGUCCUCAUGCAUUUCUUCUUCUGCUUGAUGUGAGGCGUCACACUGAAGAAGAGAGAAACACUGUCAAGAUAUUUAAAGACAUUUUUGGUGAUGAUGUGAGCAAGCAUAUGAUUGUACUGUUCACUCAUGGGGAUGAUCUUGAGUAUGAUGGUAAAAGCAUUGAGGCCUACAUCACAGAAGCUGGAUCUGACCUUCAGGAGCUGAUAAGAUCGUGUGGACAGAGAUAUCAUGUUUUUAACAACAGGUCAACAGACAACACCCAGGUGCUGAAAUUCAUGCACAUACUUGACAAGAUGCUAAAAGAAAACAAGCAUAGUUACUAUAGCUAUGAAUUGUUUACAACUGCAGAGGCUCUGAAAGAGGCAAAAGCAACUGAAAAAGAGAAGGAAGAGAGAUUAAGAGAAUUGGAGAAUCAAGUGCGGGAUCUGAAAAGUAAAAGCAAACUAUGCAUUAUAAUCUAGUGGAGAACGUAUGAUGCUCUUUUGACA